GCGUUGGGCAGCCGGGCGGGCGCAUGUUGGGUAGCAUGUUGCGCGCAUCCACCAUCACGGGAAGCUCAGUUACGAACGAACGCCGCACGCAAACGCAGGUGUUAACAGAAGCGGUGUCUGCACGAAGCCGCCGAACUGCGCCAAAGCGCACCGUUUGACUGUUGGGUGGAACCAGACACCUGCCCAUAAAGUUGGCCAAGCUUCUUUUUUUUCAUCCACCAAGAAUUCAAAGUGUCUCCAAGUGUGCUUACACCUUGUUUUCUGUGAUACGAAUAGUUGGCAAGUGUUGAACGUGUUUGUGUUGUGGUAGGAACGUACCUCGCGGAAAGCGACAGCCAGACGACUGGUAGUGAAAAAUAGUUUCGUGAACCACAAUCGACUAGCGCACCAGCAGCUCAUCAUCCAUCGUUACGCCAUCCUCAAGCCGUGGAGCCCACUGGUGGUAACGCAAAGUUUGUGUGGACACGAACCGAAUGCAUCGUACGCCGCCACUACACUAGAUCACUGCAGGUGUCCAACAAUCUUCCCGGUGGAACGACACAAUGGCCAGCGGAACACCCACCAACAUGUCCCUCCCCGGAUGGCUGCUAGUCGCGGUUGCAAUUUUGAAUUGGUAUGAACCGUUGGUGGCAUCGUACAAUGUAGCGGAACACAGACUGGACUAUAUUAAAUUGGGUGAAGGUCGUGAGUAUAACUAUCACUACAACGAUGGUGUAGCAUCCAGUUACGAUAAGCGCAAAUUUUACAAACGUCCACAAGCCUUCAAGCAGCCAUACACGCUUAAGAACUUCCCAACGCCAGUCGAGCAGAUUGCCACGAAUGAAUUCCAAACGCAUCCUCAGCCACAAACGUACAUGUCGCAGGAAAGUCUGCUGCCGGUGUACGAGUCACACGAGAAAACCGUGCAGUACGUACCGGCGGACUACUCUGUUUCCUCCAAGCCAACCUCCGCCGAACGGGGGUCGCCAUAUGCUUUGACCCAUUCCGUCGGUCCGGUUUCGUAUACGGGCAGUUUGGCCGAGCGAGUCAUCCAGAUGAUUCAAUUGCAUCAUCCACCUAGUGUAAAGAAUGUCAGUGCCGCUGUUUCUACCAGUAGCACCGCCAACGGUAUCGGGACGGGCUUCCAACAGACCAGCGUACAGUACCAUCAACAUCCCGGAAGUUAUCAGUAUUUCAAUGCGCAUCCAGCGCCAUCUACGUACGAGCUGGUACGGCCCAUAAGCAACUUUCCACCGCCAAGGCCUUACAUUGCUCCGGCAUUGACCACUACCAAGGCACCGUAUGUUGCACCGUUCCUACAAAGAACGUCUACCACAACCACCACCACCACGACGACGACUACCACGCCUGCCCCACCGCCGACUAGGCGACCUCCCUACGUGGCACCGGGGGUCACGAACGAUCCGCUGCUCAGUUCGGUGUCCCUCACCAACCAGCUCAAGUAUACCAGCUCCAGCAGGCCGGCGACGUCCAAUCGGCCGGCCACGUCCUCGGGCAGCGGCAAUCCGCUGCAACCCUACGAGCCCGAGUUCGAUAUAGAUAUACGGAUAGAUUUGCGCGAUGAUUCCGCGUAGUGUUCGUAAAUCUAUUCUAGCAUAAUUUAAGCUGCCUAUUUCCAUGCACCAUUAUUUCAUACGCCAACGUGACAAAUAAAAUGUUCAACGCCGAAAUCGA